AUGAAAACUCGUGUGUUUUUUGUCGUAGGACGGAGGCUACAAAACCGGACAGCAGAUGAAAUUAUGCUGAAACACGAGCACAUGAAGUUCCGAGAUAUAGCGCUUCUUGCAAUUCAACUUUCCGAUUGUGCCGUUGAUUCAACUGUUCGGUUUCCAACUCGUGAAAAUGCGAUUGUCAAUUUCCUCUUUCAGAUCCGGCUUCUCUCACGACCUACUUCAAAGCGGUGGUUGCUGUACGUCAUACUGCCUUACAUAUUCCUUAUUUCGAACAUCAUUCCUAAACAUAUUCAAUCAACCCCACCCUCUCUGCCAUUUGUUAGACAAACUGACUUUUAUCCAGCAUUCGAGCAGUAUAAAAAUAAUCAAGUUGUGUAUACGGUGCCCCAAAGAAGGUGGCGAAACAAGCUUAAGGUUCCUAUGGAAAAUGCCAAAUUGUGCAAGCCUACACCGGAAUUAUUACUUGUGGUCAUGGUGAAUGAGAGUGAACGUACGUUACGCGACAAUAUACGAAUGACUUGGGGCAAUGCUUCGCAUUUUUCUGAAUGUGGUUUGCCAGCCCGUUUUGUUUUUGCCUUCGGAGUGGGACCUAUUCAUCUGAACUCAAUGUCCAAAGAUCAACUGACGGAUGAAUUGACAGAGCACCGCGACUUCAUUCAGUUUGACUAUUUAGAAUCAAAGUGGACGAACCGGGGUACCCAAAAAGUGGCGGCUAUUUUGAAUCGCCUGACAAAACGUUGCUCAUCGUCACGAUUCAUAGCAAUUGUUGACGAAGAUUUUGUGGUUAAUCCACGAAACCUGGUUCGGGAAUUGCAUGCUGUCACGGCAAUUCAGUACCCUAUUCACAUUUCAGGCUUUACUCUGAAUAACACACCAGUGGAUAUUGUGGUAAAGAGAGACAGGUCUCUACACCACGAAGUGCUUGUACACACAAUGAUCCCACGAUUUGUGGUUCGUGGCUUCAUACUGAUGAGCAUGCCCGUUGCGAAGCUUCUGGCUUUUGGGAUGUCCCUCAUGCCUUAUAUCUCUGAAUUUGACCGAGCUAUUGGUGCCAUACUUCUGAAUUUCAGAAUAAGCCCAACGUACAUGAACGGCAUACACAUACACGGUAACACACGGAAGCUUGGAUCGGAUCAGUUGAUUCGGUUAGUGGUGUGGCACGAACAUUCCGAUUUUGGAUCAUGGCACAAUCGGUGGAAUUCAUUGGCAAAACCAUGUAAUAACGUCACACCCUACGCCAAAUCCACCAGUGGAAAUAACACGAAAUUUUAG